UGUCCCACCGAAAAGAAAGAGAGAGAGAGAGAGAGUACACCGGCUUCUCCUCCCGAAUGGGGUCCCCUCUUUCCCCAACUUCCAUCCCGAGCAAGAACACCGGCUUCCUUUCUGCCGAGAAAGAAGCCAUCAAGAACAAGUCAAAAUACGGGAGAUCGAAAAGAAUUGAGGAGGAGCCGGACGAUGAUGAUGUGCGGAGAUGGCCGCGGAAAGGGAGGAGCGGCAGCGCAGUGAUGCUGGAAGGUUACGUUGACGUGGCUGAGGGAGGCGAGAACGGAUCGGAAGGCGGAGUGGAAAUGGUUGGGAGGACCAAAAGCUUGACUGACGACGAUCUGGAGGAGCUUAAGGGGUGUUUGGAUCUAGGGUUUGGGUUUGUCUUUGAGGAGAUUCCCGAGCUCUGCAAUACUUUGCCGGCUCUUGAACUUUGCUACUCGAUGAGUCAGAAGUUCCUCGACGAGCAGCAGCAGAGGCAGUCUGUUGGUGUGUCCGGGGUAGCGGGAGCGCCAUCGACCCCUGUCGCUAACUGGAAGAUCUCCAGCCCUGGAGACCAUCCUGAUGAUGUAAAAGCAAGAUUGAGGUAUUGGGCUCAAGCAGUGGCAUGCACUGUUAGAUUAUGCAACUGAACUGCAGGUUUAAAUUUGUCCUUAGUUUUUUUAGUGAAAAACUGAUGCAAAGGGUCCAAUAACUGGUACAAUUCUUUAUUGUAGUAUGCCUUGUCUACUAAUUAGAGCUUCACAACUAUGACUAUUUCAUUAUGUUUAAAUUUAUAUUAUAUAUGAUACCA